AUGUGUAAUGCUUUGAUAGAGCGCAAUCCAACGCCGACGCCGCCCCCACCUCCCCCGGCGCCGGUGUCGGGGUCUGGGUCGGGGCCUGCCCCACAGGCGGUGCAGCCGUACCUGCCGCUGUCGUUCUUCCCGCCGCCCGCUAACUUCAUACCACCCAUCUCGGCGCCCGCUCCCACCGCCGCCCCCGCGUGCGUCUCCUCGUCGGUGGCCACCUCCUCGUCCUUCCAGAACGCCGUGGCGCCUUCCGCCGCCCCCGCCAAUGCCGCAGGCGGCGCUCCUGCCACCAACAACAGUCACAACAACCCCUCGUCUGCCUCCUCGCAUUCGUCAGAGUCGUCGACGAGUUCCCAGCAGACGUGGAGCUUCGAGGAGCAGUUCAAACAGUUGUACGAGAUCAACAACGACCCUAGAAGAAAAGAGUUCCUAGAUGAUUUGUUCAGCUUCAUGCAGAGGCGAGGGACGCCGAUCAACCGGCUGCCCAUCAUGGCCAAAUCUGUGCUGGACCUGUUCGAGCUGUACAACUUGGUGAUCGCGCGCGGCGGACUGGUCGACGUCAUCAAUAAGAAGCUGUGGCAGGAGAUCAUCAAGGGGCUGUCGCUGCCCUCGUCCAUUACGUCCGCCGCCUUCACGCUCCGCACGCAGUACAUGAAGUACCUGUACCCGUACGAGUGCGAGCGGCGCGGCCUGAGCACGCCGCAGGAGCUGCAGGCGGCCAUCGACGGCAACCGGCGCGAGGGCCGGCGCAGCAGCCACCUCAACGGCAACUCGCACCAGCAGGCGUCGCAGCACCUGCACGCGCCGACGCUGCCCGAAUGGUCUCUAUCGCAUCUAGGACCCGAAUACGAAGCACGCCUUGCAGAGUAUUUGCGGAUGCUGAACAGGGAGCUCCGCACAACCUCUGGCACACCUCCCACUCUGCCUGGAAGCCUUGCUGUUCCACUGGGUGUUGCUGUAGGACGAGCACCAGGGACAGUACCAGCUGCUGCACCGCACCACCACCAUCACCACCACUCAUCCCCACGACAACAUCCACAGCAACAACAGCAGCAGCAGCAUAUACUGCAACACCAACAGCUUGCACCACCACCACAGCCACAGACACAACAGCAGACAGGCUCCCCACUCUCCGGAUCUCCCCCACGGCAGCAUACUCCAGAGGAACUGCCGCGAUUGCCCCUCUGGCCAGCACUGUACCCUCCUACAACACCACUGGCAGCGGCAGCAGCAGCGGCAGCUGUCGUCGCAGCAGCUGCUGGUUCUGCUCCCGAACCUCAACAGGAGGCACUCAAUCUGGAAGUACGUGACCAGGUGCGGCAACGAGAAAGAGAGCGUGAGCUGACACCGCAUCAGCAGCCUGCCCUGCAGCAGGUAGUAGUCAAGCGGGAGUUAAUAGUCAAGCGGGAGUCUGAGGACCACAUGUCGCCACCACCAGCCAAGCGGCAGGUCACAGCCAGCACCACUCCACCUGCAGCAUCCACAUCUGGAAACCCCGUGUCCACUACUGAAGCUGCCAGUGCUGUUCCUUCCACUUCUACUGCUGUUUCUAAUCCCACAAUGACAGGUGCAUCAGCACCUGGCCUGGGGAAUGCUGUGUCUGAUGAAGAGGGGCCAACGAGAACACUACACCAAUCUGCAUGUACUCACAUCUCUAUAACAAGUAGAGGAGAAGGUCCUCUUGGGAACGACAAUUCUCUUAUUGUAAGCAUGGAUCUCAAUGGAAUGAAAUACCAAGGCAUCUUAUUUGCUAUUCGGACUCCACGCACAUCGUGAGACCAUCCUCAUCAGCGAUUGGAAAUUUGUGAAGGUACAUUGUGGAAGAAGUGGAAAGAAUCUCGCGUCCAAGAACAUUUUUAAACCAGUGUUGUAGUUAUUGAGACCAAAGUUCAUGUUGUUUUGAGCAUAUUCAAUCACUUAUAAAAACUUUACUGUUAUAGUUGCCUGGAAAAGUGACUGUACAUUUAUUCAUGGUUGCCUAUAUUACCAUGAAAUUGUUGUUGAUUGUAAAAUACCAUAAACGAGGACUUAGUGGUUCACAGUAAAUUAUUGUAAUGCUUAAGA